GGGGGAGGGGCUGCUCGGCCCUUUAAACCAUUCAGGGCAGCUCCGAGGGCCGCAGCCGGGGACGGCGCCACGCGGGGGCCGAGUAGACGCGGCGGCGGCGGGGCGCUCCGGGGAGGCCCGGGCAGCUGAUGGUUUUGGCGAAGUACCUUAAGGUAGCUGGGUCCACCCCCUCUUCCCCACCUACCUCUUGUCCUCCCCCCACACCACCACCACCCUGGCUCCCCUCCCUCAUGACCGCCUGGAUCCUCCUUCCUGUCAGCCUGUCAGCAUUCUCCAUCACUGGCCUAUGGACUGUGUAUGCCAUGGCCGUGAUGAACCACCACGUGUGCCCCGUGGAGAACUGGUCCUACAACGAAUCCUGCUCUCCUGACCCCACUGAGCAAGGGGGCCCCAAGACCUGCUGCACCCUGGACGAUGUCCCCCUCAUCAGCAAGUGCGGCACAUACCCCCCCGAGAGCUGCCUCUUCAGCCUCAUUGGCAACGUGGGUGCUUUCAUGGUGGCCCUGAUCUGCCUCCUGCGCUACGGGCAGCUCCUGGAGCAGAGCCGUCAUUCCUGGGUCAACACCACGACGCUCAUCACAGGCUGCACCAACGCUGCGGGCCUGGUGGUGGUGGGCAACUUCCAGGUGGAUCACGCUAAGUCUCUGCACUACGUCGGAACCGGCGUGGCCUUCACUGCCGGGCUGCUCUUUGUCUGCCUGCACUGUGCCCUCUCCUACCACGGGGCCACUGCCCCCCAGGACCUGGCUGUGGCCUACCUGCGGAUUGUGCUGGCAGCCAUCGCCUUUGUCUCUCUGAUCCUCAGCGGAGUCUUCUUCAUCCACGAGAGCUCUCAGCUGCAGCACGGGGCAGCCCUGUGCGAGUGGGUGUUUGUCAUCGACAUCCUCAUCUUCUACGGCACCUUCAGCUAUGAGUUCGGGGCAGUCUCCUCGGAGACACUGGUGGCCGCACUGCAGCCUGCCCCCGGCCGGGCCUGCAAGUCGUCCGGGAGCAGCAGCACCUCCACACACCUCAACUGUGCCCCUGAGAGCGUCGCCAUGAUCUGAGGUCUGGGGAGGGUGGCCGGCCCGGCCCCCGCAGCUCCCCACCCCGUAUCUCCUUUGCAUUUAUUUUGUACCAAAAAACGAUUUUGAGAAAGUAUUCUGUUGGGACAGAGGCUUCCUCGCUCCUGGAGGAGUGGCCAUCCCACACCCACCUGUGCCAUACAGGAGCGGGCCCUGGCAGCUGCCCAAGCUGCACACAGCCUGCCCCCCACACCGCAGUGUUAUUUUUAUGUUUUAAAGGUCACGUAUCCUCAUUCACCCAGCCAGCCCUUCAGGUGCCUUCUACUCCCCCAGUGCCACUGGGGUUUCCUGCUGCAGGAAUUGGGGGCUGGGAACAGCAAGAGGGACAGCAGUCUGGGGGUGGGGGUGAGCACUCCUUAGUCUGUGGGAAGGCCCACUUCUGGGCCCACUGAGCUGCACUGGGAUUCUUCACUCUGUCCCUUUCUUUAGGGCAAAUAACACAGCAGAACCACGUGGGUAUUUUAGUACUUUUUUAUAUAUAUAUAUCUAUUAAAAGAAUCCUAAUUUGCA